UCACGAGAGCCGAUUGUAGGGGUUUUCCGAAAUUUUACAAAAUACCGCAUUGAUAUGCUUAUUUCUUUCGUUCCUAGUGAGCAUCAUGUUUUGCUUAUAGUAACUUGCAUUUUAUUAUCGACUAUAAAGUAACACCUGCUUCAUUAAAAUGUAACCUAUUACACAAUAAGAAUUGGGGAAAAUAUUUAUGGAGCUAUUGCAAAGCAGAUUGCGGCAUUGGAAAAUUCAAAGUGAAAACCCCUGUAUAGAAAUGACGUUUGUGAAGCCGCAUUUAACUACUUUAUUUUCAGUUAGUUUAUGCAGACAUUUAGGCGAAGUUGCACGCGUCCGUGUAGUGUCAUAGUUCCCGCAUGUCCGGCCCGCGCGGCACCUGCCUCUGCACAAGGAUACGCUCAAUUUCGUGCUACAUUUGUACAUUUUUUACACCUAUUCAACGCUUAGUGAUUACAGAACGGAGGUUCAAAAAUAAACGAGUGCGAGUGCUGUGCGUUUCCGCAGUUCAUCGUGGUACGGCAAUAUUCGAAAGCACCACAAAAUUAUACAUUUCCCCUGAAAUGUGAAGUGAUACUGUACAGCAUACUUGAAUGAGAAUAGCAGUAAAUUUAAUUAAUGUGAUAUCAAUCAAUUCGACACGAUUGAUUGUUUUCAAUAGUAGCGCAAUUAAAAUAUUAUUGAUGCACAAUGCCAGUACGCAGAGGACACGUUGCUCCCAAAACAACGCUUAUCGAGACAAUUAUUCGAAAAUUUGAUACACACAAUCGAAGUUUUUUAGUAGCGAACGCACAACCAGAAUCAUGCCACAUUAUCUUCUGUUCCGAUGGAUUCUGCAAAAUGACGGGAUUUACCAGGGCGGAAGUGAUGCAGCGAUCAGCCUGCACCGACUUCCUGCAGGGCCAAAUGACCUCCGUCGGUGUCAUGGACUCUAUAAAGGAAGCACUAAGAAAAGGCGAAGAAAAACAUUUUGAAAUUCUUUACUACCGAAAAGAUGGUACGAAGUUUCUAUGCUCGGAAGUAAUUGCUCCAAUCCGCUCGGAAGUCGAUGAUAUCUCUCUAUUCAUCAUAAACUUUGAGGAUCUAUCAAAUCCAUCUAACCCAGAGCCGAUCGAACAAGUUAAACUAAGCAAAUUUGACAAAGCGAGAGCUAGUUUUCGACAAUCAUUUAGAAUCGGUCACAUAGCCCUUCGUGAUCGAGGUCUACGUCUGGCAGGAUAUCUGACCCCUCCCUCCGAUGCCACACAAGAUGAGGACGAGAUUAUUGCACCGAAACAUCACAUCGAGAGCAGUCCUGCUAACAAGAAUACAGUCCUCAAAGUGGAAGCCAACAUUUGGGCACCCAUGUCAACGCCUGCCCUGACAAGAACAAAGGAGCUGGACUGUCUCCCACAUGAUAUCGAUACACUCAGCGGACCAGGAGAGAUUGUUAUAACGGCUCCCGAUAUAACGCAAACAACGAGAGAUGAAAGCAAGGAACAAAGUACGAAAGAUAUGAAGCCAGAAUUUGUGCAAACUAAGAGCUUAGAUUUUGAAGCGCAAUUAAAACAUGUGGAAAGCGCAAAGCUAAUUCGCUGUUACGAAAAUACACAUUUCCAAACAAGCCGUGGAUUCGUAGAAAAACGUGCCCAUACGGUAGAUGAUUUCAUGAGAGGUCCCGUAAAUCAUAAUGCACGAUUGUACUUUCCCUACGUCUCAUCAGAAAGCGACCUGCAGCGGUACAAAACAGUCCCCGUGAAGCAAGCUACGGCAGCUCAGGAUGCGAGGACCAGUUCAUCACUUUCAAAUGUGCCUUCAGACUCGCUCAAAGCUAAGGACAAUGGCUCUGGCAAAUAUUUCCAAGGUACAAGGCAGACCAUUAACAUGGGAGAGAAGGUGGCUCAGGUCCUUCUUACCGUAACUAGUGACACUGUUCAGCUGGCGCGAAGGACGCGCGAUGGAAGAGUGAGUGGCACACCAUCAACAGAGUGCAAGAUAAAUUAUGUUGACAACAUCAUGUCCGAGGCAAGUUUGCGGGCUAAUUCGUGCGUCGAACUGUCCGAAAUACGCAAACUGGACAGCUUGCUGAGGCAGUGCGAAACGCUCAGCUACGAUGAUCUGUCCUCGGGUAGCAAUGGUGAACGGGAGCUAGAGGACUAUAUGGAACAGAGAAAGCACGUCCGAAGGCGCCGCAAUUCCUCUGGGAACUGUAUUUUUACGCCACCCAUCAACAAGUCUACUCUAUCGAUGCUCUCAAGCCUGAACAUUCUCAACGGCGCGCGAAGGAUAAUGGGCGCGAUGAACGGGCCGGGCGGGCUGAAGCCGGGUACCAAUAAUGAUGAUUGCUGGCUUCUAUCGCAGAAGUCUUUCACCACGAAAAGUUGCUCAAAUCUUCCUAAAGGGAUGUGCUUUCAUCCGUCGGCCGGAUUGGGGCCGAUCGGUAAACCGCUACACCAGCAGCCAGUGGACAACUUGUGCAGCCUUUCCGAGACUAUACUUUCCAACUUACGCAAAGCUGCUCAUGCCGUGC